AUGAUCCGCAGCAAGGAUGGGAGUGUGCAAGACGGGGAGCGCAAGACACGACAACAAAAAAACAAACAGGACGAGCAGAGCGUUGCGGGCGAAUUGCCGGGUGUGAAUAAGCGAAAGAUCGGUGAAGCCGCGACGGCGACAAUUCAGAAUUGCAGCAGUUUCAGAUUCGAACGAAACAACCACAAUGGCUGGAUGAUUCGCUCCGAAACACAGAGCCAGAGGAGAAACACGAUACUCACCGGGUCAUCGAGUGUUGGCGGAUCGUCCUUUUGGUACUUUGGAGCCGGUGGGCCCACGCUGGCUUGCACCAAGGCUGUCAUGGCGGGAGAAGACAAAUGA